AUCCAGGAGACCGCGACGGACAGAGGCGUUGUGAGCAAGCAACCGUACACCUUUAUAAACACCAGAACUCGAAUCCUUCUUUCUACCUUUUAAUAAUUCAUUUUUAAAACCCCAAUUUUCCGCUCUUCUUGCUUCUAUACUCUUUUCACAUAAAGAACUCUUCUUUGUUAAAAGAAAGAGUAAUGAACCAAGUCGCUACUUUCUUUUCUUUGUAGCAAUCGCUUUCUUAAUUCUUAAUUCACUUGUAGAGUCAAUUAACUGACUGGAGAGAAAAUUAAUGGCUCUAACUAAGCGCGCGAUUCAGUUAGGGUCUAAUUCGUCGUUUUACUUCACUGCGUUUCGAUUGAUCCAUUCAUCUUCGAGUUCGAGUUCGAGUUCGAGUUCGAUUGCUAAUAGAUUCGAUUAUAGACAGAUAUCGCAGCUCGUUAAUCCUAACGGCAAACGGGCAUUUCUUGUGGAUACAUUGGCUUUGGUGAGGAGCUUAGAAGCGCAAGGGGUGCCCUCGAAGCAAGCGGAGGCGAUUACAUCUGCGAUUACUGAAGUGUUAAAUGAUAGCUUGGAGAAUGUGGCACAGUCUUUUGUUUCCAAGACUGAGAUGCAGAAGAGCGAAAUGGUUCAAGAAUCCAAUCUUUCAAAGUUUAAGUCUGAAGUACAGAGUUCUCAGGAGCAUCAUUUUUCCAUGUUGCAACGGGAGACUGAAAAACUGCGGAGUGACAUAGAGAAAAUGCGCAGUGAGCUGAGGUAUGAAAUUGACAAGGUCACAGCUGGGCAGCGUUUGGAUUUAAAUCUUGAAAGAGGACGCAUACGGGAUGAGCUAGCUAAUCAGAAUGCAGAAACCACCAACCUCACGAACAAGCUUGACCGGGAAAUUCAUGCUUUAAGAGCCCAGUUGGAAGCGGCAAAAUAUGAUGUCAUUAAAUACUGCAUAGGUACCCUUGUCUCUAUAUCUGCAGUUGGGCUUGCUGUUCUCCGCAUCUUGUUGUAGUUUUUCAUUUACUUUAGGUGAUUAUUGGCACAGUAUAAGCCGGAAUGCCAAUUUCAUUCUUUUGUGGCAACUGUUGCCUGAUUAAAUAAAAAAAAAGCUGUGACAUUGUUUGAUUGUAAAAAGAGGCAAUAUUCCCACAUGGUUAGAUUAGUUAGUUUAACCAGAGAAUUAACAAAGUCUGUUUCAUGCAACUCUAUUCGCAUGAUUAGGCUUUAUGCCGCUGUGGAGAAGCAAAAGUAAAUGGUGAUGAUGAUGAGUAAAUGUGCUUUAGGGGUAUAUCUGUGCUUUUCAAAAUAUAGAUGGCAUGAUGAUGAUGGGGGAUAAUGGGAUUUUGCCAUGUGAAUUGACAUUUAUGGGAGAAGACUGGGAUAAUUUUUCAUAAACCAGAAGAUUGAUUCGACUUCUUUUUGUAAUUGUAACUAGUAAUGGAAAUGCCAAGUUGUCAUUCUUUGAUUGCUGCGUAA